GAUCCAUUAAAGUUAUGAGUGGUAAAUUAACUGAAACAAGUUCAUGUCUGCAAUUCUAUUUUUGUGUCACCAGCCUGGCCAAAAGAGACGACCUCGCGGUGCAGUUUCCGACUUUUUGAAUGUGGAGUUCCCGUUCAUACGAGUGAAUUUAGUUUAAUUUAAGUUAGUCGAGCUGUUAGAAUUCUUCACAUCGUAUUAAUUAUGGAAAAUGAUGAAAAUGUAUGCCACUGUUGCAGGUCUGCCGUGUCGUUAAACGCCUCUUUAAGUCGUGUUGACACCACCUUUAACUUCUAUUCAUAGUAGAAAACAUGACGCCGAGUGUUACAGGAAGAGCCGUCUAAAGAUAGACGUUUCUUACAGCCAAUGGAAUAACAGUUUUUUGUACGUUAAGCCCGCCUUUAUACAAAACUGGCCAAUCGCCACCCGGGACGGAAACUUCCGGCAAAGACACGGAGCAUGUCCAUUGUACGAGCUGUUCUGAAAGAGUCCCGCGAUUGUUGAGCUGCAGCCCGAUAAAUGCGUGGUUUCUUCAUAGUAGUUUCAUUUGCGGUUGCCGGUAGUUGUCUUUUGGCUCGGAAUCAUAUGGGAUUGUUGUCAUAUUUGUAUCUUAUGGAAAGGUAAAGUGUUGUUACGAGGAAGAACCGUGUUGAAUAGCGGCAGAACAGCCACCUUGCGGUCCUGUUAGCAGUGGAGCUAGAUCACGUUAGCUGCCUGCAGCUGUGUAGUGGUGUGAGUCUAAGUAAAUAUGUCGCCAACGAUAGUAUAUCCGUUUUCAGAAUAAGUCGUCAGUGUCAGAAGUAAAAAAACGGGGGCUCUUAACUCGUAAACUAGCAACUUGGCCGAGUUAGCCAGCUAACAUUAACGCUGUCGGAUUCACAAAAGGACAACGCGUGAACAAGAGACUUGGUAGCCAGACUAACGUGUUGUUUAUUUAUUGGGUUGUUGCUCAAAGGCCACUACAACGAGACAGAAUGAAUGGGUUUAGCACAGAGGAAGACAGCCACGAUGGACCGCCGGCUCCGCCGUUUUAUGGGCAGAGCUGCUGUCUGAUCGAGGACGGGGAGCGCUGCGGCCGCUCGGCUGGAAACGCCUCCUUCAGCAAGAGGAUCCAGAAGAGCAUCUCACAGAAGAAGCUCAAGCUCGACAUCGACAAAAGCGUAAGACACCUGUACAUCUGCGACUUCCAUAAGAACUUCAUCCAAAGCGUCCGCAACAAAAGGAAGAGGAAGACCAGUGAUGAUGGAGGAGAGUCCCCGGAUCAUGAUGUGGAGGUGCCUGAGGUCGACCUUUUCCAGCUGCAGGUGAACACAUUGAGACGUUACAAGCGACACUACAAGCUGCAGACCAGGCCGGGACUUAACAAGGCCCAGCUGGCGGAGACGGUGAGUCGUCACUUCAGGAAUAUUCCGGUGAACGAGAAGGAGACGCUGACCUAUUUUAUUUACAUGGUGAAGAGCAGCAAGAGUCGCUUGGACCAGAAAGGCGACGGUGGCAAACCGCUGGACUAAACUUCACAACAACAACAACAACAACAACAACAACCACCACCAAAGCAGCAGUAGCUACAACAAAAUCAACAAUAAUCUACAGCUGUUCACCUGGAAGCCACUAACAGCAACAACAACCAAAACCAGCUCCUCCUGCAACCCUGCCACCGCCCCACUCCUCCGUAAGACCAGAACACAAACUCUUGUUGUCCUUAGAGGACAUUUAACUGAAAUGGAGCAGAAUUUAGGGCGGGAUGAGUUUUCUGUUGCUCAUUUUGCCCUCUUCAACAACAACAAAAAACUUUCUCUGCGCAUGUCUCCGUCACAACGGCCAUUUCCUCUUCCUCUCCUCUGCAAAAAGACCAGGUCUCUAAAGAUUGUCGAGGACCAGGACACGCUCCGCAGGGUUUUACGUCGUCAUGCUGUAAAGUAAACUGUCAAUAUGUACAAAAGAACAGCGUCUGAUCUUAAGUAAGUUGGUUGAAUGCAAUAUAUAGCUGCCUUAAGAGUAAAAAAAAAAAAAACAAGACACGUUUUGGUCGUUUUUUGGGGGGUAUUUUGUUUAUUCUUUUUGCCGAGUUGACUGUUAACACAUCCACCGAGAGGAAUGCUUGUGCCAAAAGCUUGUUGGAAUUGAAUGGUGUCAGGUGGAAUUUAUUUUUUAUUUUUUAUUGUGAAUGAAUGACGUUGGAAGGGGGCCCUGCCUUUGUCCAAGUUAGGUCCAGCAUAUCAGGGCUCAGGGUCAGUUUAAGUGAUGCCAUUAAAAUAAAAACCUUCAUUCUCAAUAAUGUCUAAACAAAUGAAAAUACACUGCUCUCAGUCCUGAUAUUUCAUAUAUAAUCGCCCUUUUCCAACCAGACGUGGUGAUGAAUGAUAUAGCAUUUGGCUAGGACCCACUCGUCUUCUUGCUAGCUGUUUUAUGUACUUAUAACACACACAUGCUGAUUUAUUUUCUCUUUGCAUUGCAGGUGUUGGUAGCUUCUUUCUUUUUUUUUUGUUGGUUUUGUAACCCAGUUUUCUACAUUUUUCAUUAGUUCAGCCUUACGUUGUAUAAAGUUGCGUCUUUGAUUUAGAUUUCUCCAUCUUUUUUCUCCACCCAGGUAUGCGAGUGUAUGUGAGUGAUAGGAGAUUAAGAGUAAAUAUUUGUGUAAUUUUAAUAUUUAAGAGCAGCGUUUAUAGUGGACAACAUCUCAAGUCUUGACUUGAUACUGUACCUGGAUGUAUUUCAUGAAGCUGGGCUGGCAAGUUGGCCACACAACUGUAAAGCAGGAAAAGGAAAUUGAUGACUUUUUUUCCUCCAUUUUUUGAAUAAUUAAAACAUGGAUAUGGGUGUUUUCCAUAUCGGCCAGCUAAAAUCACAAUUUCAGUGGAAGUUGGCUAAAGAGGUCUUAAAGUUUUUUACAUUUUUAUGCCCAGUUGCAAUAAUCCUGCUAAUUCAGACCUCCCCAGAAUGUUGUAAAGGUCCAAUAUGAAUAUAAUUCAGCACCAAAAGUUGCAUCACACAACACAACUGGAUUUCUGAUCUUUCUUUCUUUUUUUUUCUUUUUUUUAAGUUUAUGACCAUCUUAAAUUAUUUACAUUUUAAUCUAAACACAGUGACCGACAGUUGCAUUUCGGCAGUUCAUUUCUUAAUUAUAAAGUAAAUUCAAGUAAUUAUUUGUUUAGGUUGUGAAGUGAAUGAGAAAACAGAAGAAUGUCAUUAUUUGUCAGAUUAGGUGUUAUGUUUCAGUAAUAAUAAGCCAAGAGUUGGAUGUUGAACGUGAAACAUUUGAUACGAUGAAAACACUGCUAAACUACACGUUUAUUUACAUUUUUAAUGCACUGCUGAAACCUCCAAGCAGUGAAUUGUUUUGUCUUGCAUCUUUAACUACUCAACUCCUAUUCUGUGUUGUUUUUUUCAUUGUGGUGACUAUUGUACACACACUUUUUUGGCUUCUGUUGCAAUUUAUUUUUUAAACUCUGCAUCCUCUGUCACACAAUGUAUUUAAGUUUGUCCACCACACUGAGUUGUCUACUUUCAACAGGUUUUUUUUUAGUGUCUGUUAUAUUUUCAGUUUUGCUUGUAGGUUUGUUAGUGUCAUGUAGAUAACACCCACCGUUAUUAACACAUAGGCCAUGCCACAUUAACCUAAUUGGUGUAUUAGAAGAAAAAAACAUAUUUAAAUAUGGCUGCUUAUUGCUCCUAAUAAUAAAUGUAUUGUACAGACAGAA